AUGAUGAGGCAGAUGCAUGUGAAUCGGAAAGAUUUGAAUGUUGGACUACAAGGUCUUAUUUUCAAACAUCUUCUAAAGAAAGCUCAGAAGAUUAAGGAAGAUUUUAAUGUCUUUGAUAAGAACCUCAGAAGUAAAAUAAUAGGUCAGAGGGGAGAUGGUGUGCUAGAAGGAGAGGACUACAAGUGGUGCACGACUGAAGUAGAAUUCAGUCGGAGCAUUCUUGUUUGGCAUCUCGCAACAGAGAUUUGUUAUCUUGGUGAUAAAGAUGGAAGUAAUGUCUCCUCAGAAUUUGUUAUCAAUGGCAGAUACUUAUCUGAAUACAUGAUGUAUCUUUUGGUGAUAAGACCAAAUAUGCUCUCUAAAGGAUUCGGUGAUGAGGAAUAUCUAGAAACCUUGCGAGAGUUGCGAGGAUUCGGUAAUGUUGAUUUAAUUCUGGGGCGCUACAAUGAAUCACGUGGUUAUGAUGAUAUAGCGUUUCAAAGGCGCUGGAAAACAGAAAAGUCAGUGCUGAUCGGUGUGGAAAAGCUCGCCAGGCAAUUGCGGUCAUUGGAAUUGAAGAAGCGAUGGGAGAUGAUAAAUGAAGUUUGGGUAGAAAUGCUAGCUCAUGCAGCAGCUCAUUGUCCAUGGAAAGAGCAUACUCAACAACUGAGAAGAGGUGGAGAGUUACUCACUCAUGUCUCCCUUCUCAUGCUACAUCUUGGUUUGAGCGAACAGUAUGAAUAUAAAGGAUCAGACGACCUCCCCAUUCUUACGCGUUUGACAGGGGAAAAGCGACAAGAAUAUUUGAAAGAGCCAGGUCUCGACAAGGUAUGUUCCACUUCCAUCUCAAUAAUUUAAUUAAAACCUUUCAAUUUACCCUAAACUUUUUUUAAAUAGUUUCCAUUUUUUUUC